AUGGAGGGAAAAACCCAUGAGGAAGAGGAUCAAAUCGUGACUCCAUGGGAAGUAACCGCCGAAAAGGGCGGCAAAAUCGACUACGACAAGCUUAUCGACAAGUUCGGCUGCCAGAGGAUCGACCAGACGCUCGUUGAUCGCGUCGCCCGCCUCACGCGCCGACCUCCUCACGUCUUCCUCCGCCGCGGCGUCUUCUUCGCCCAUCGGGAUUUGAGUGACGUCCUCGAUGCUUACGAAAGAGGGGAGAAGUUUUAUCUCUACACGGGCCGUGGCCCCUCAUCGGAGGCACUGCAUUUGGGCCAUCUUGUGCCCUUCAUGUUCACAAAGUAUCUGCAGGAUGCAUUUAAGGUCCCGCUUGUGAUACAACUAACAGAUGAUGAGAAAUGUAUGUGGAAGAAUUUAACCGUGGAGGAAAGCCAGAGACUUGCCCGUGAAAAUGCUAAAGAUAUAAUUGCUUGUGGUUUUGAUGUUGCAAGGACGUUUAUAUUUUCUGAUUUUGAUUAUGUUGGAGGUGCCUUCUACAAGAACAUGGUCAAGAUUGCAAAAUGUGUGACUUACAACAAGGUAGUUGGUAUAUUUGGGUUCACUGGUGAAGAUCACAUUGGAAAAGUGAGCUUUCCGCCUGUUCAGGCAGCUCCGUCUUUCCCAAGUUCUUUUCCACAUCUGUUCGCUGGUAAAGAUAAAAUCCGUUGCUUGAUUCCAUGCGCAAUUGACCAGGAUCCUUACUUCAGAAUGACACGGGAUGUUGCUCCUCGAAUUGGCUAUCACAAGCCUGCUUUGAUUGAGUCGUCCUUCUUUCCAGCUCUUCAGGGAGAGACUGGAAAAAUGUCGGCCAGUGAUCCAAAUUCUGCUAUAUAUGUCACUGACUCUGCCAAGGACAUUAAAAACAAGAUAAACAGAUAUGCAUUCUCUGGUGGGCAAGAUUCAAUAGAGAACCACAGGAAGUACGGAGCAAACCUUGAGGUAGAUAUUCCGAUUAAGUAUCUCAGCUUUUUCUUGGAGGACGAUAGUGAACUUGAGCACAUCAGAACAGAAUACGGUGCAGGGCGUAUGCUAACAGGUGAAGUGAAAAAACGGCUUAUUGAAGUUUUGACCGAACUGGUCGAAAGACAUCGCAGGGCACGAGCUGCUGUGACAGAUGAGAUGGUCGAUGCAUUCAUGGCGGUCAGGCCACUUCCCAAUAUGUUCAGCUGA